AUGAAUCUCAUAAGUUGGAAUGCCCGGGAUUUGGGGAACCCGACUGCAUUCAGACAUUUGCGCUUGCUUGUUCAAGAGCAAGCUCCCUGUGUACUUUUCAUUAUGGAAACUAAAUUACAAAAUGGUAGUAUAGAUAUGUUUCGUAGUAAAUUACACUUCUCUAAUGGCAUUGAAGUUCCAAGUCAAGAUGGGCCAUCUUUCCACUUUACUGGUUUUUAUGGGCAUCCAUGUGCUUCUCAAAGACAUCUAACAUGGACUUUAUUGCGUAGAUGCUUUGAUAUUGCACCCUUAUCACCUUGGCUAGUUUUAGGGGAUUUCAAUGAGGUCCUCUCUCAUGAAGACAAAAUUGGAGGACCAAGGAGGAGUGACAGCCAAAUCAAUGCCUUUCGUUCUGUGGGAAGUGGGAAUGUCAAAGAAAGACUUGACUAUGGGUUCACUAAUAACUAUUGGGAUGCUACUUUCCUUGCACCAUCUUUGAAGCACUUGGACUUUUAUAAGUCAGAUCAUAGAGCCCUUAAAACAACUGUUACUGCACUAAUGGAUCGUGUGGAUGUUCCUGAGUUCAGAUCACGUUUUCGAUUUGAAAAAAUCUGGUUAAAGGAAGAUGCUUGUGCUGAUAUAAUAAGUGCCAACUGGAUUCGGGAUCAUAGCAGCCCUUUAGUUCAACUCACAACCAAUAUCUCCAAUUGUGCCACUAGCUUACAGAAAUGGCACUAUUCGAAUUUCGGUAACCUGAGAAGGGACAUUAAAGAAUCUCAUGAGCAUGUUGCAGCACUUCAGAACUCCUCAUCUACCGAACCUCAACAUUUUGCUGCACUAAAAAAUUCUGAGCAGAUUCUUGAUGAUUUGUUGGCUAAGGAAGAGGAUUAUUGGCACCAACGAGCUCGAAUCUCUUGGAUGCAAUCUGGUGAUUCCAAUACAAAGUUUUUCCAUCAGCGUGCUAAUGCUAGAUCAACCAAUAAUCGCAUUAAGAAGCUCACUGAUGCAGCGGGCAAUACACAAACCAGUGAGGCUGCUAAACUUGAUAUUAUCUCGACCUAUUUCCAGUCCAUUUUUAGCAGCCAAGGAAUAGAUGAUAAUGCCAUUGCCUCUAUAUUGGAAAGAAAUCAUAUCAGCCCCUACUCAGCAGAUGAUGUUCUCAAUGCCCUCAACUCAAUGAGUGAUGAUAAGAGCCCUGGCUUGGAUGAAUCGGUAUUAGAUGUUCUUAACAAUGGUACAGAUCCUGCUCUUCUGAAUAGAACUAUUAUCACACUAAUUCCCGAAGUUAAGAAGCCUCAAUUCAUCACUCAGCAUCGGCCCAUUAGCUUGUGCACCGUCCUUUAUAAACUGGUUUCUAAGUCGAUCGUGCUCAGGCUUCAACCUUUCUUGCCAUUAGUGAUCUCUGAGUACCAAAGUGCUUUCAUGUCCCAACGGUUGAUAACUGAUAAUAUACUCAUUGCUUUUGAGUUGCUGCACUCUCUAAAGACUCGAAAACGAGGCUCACAAGGAUAUGCUGCAAUUAAAUUAGACAUGUCCAAAGCCUUUGAUCGAGUGGAAUGGUCUUAUAUUGCUCAAAUUAUGAUGAAAAUGGGUUUUGGAACAGUCAUAGUUGAUCUUAUUCUUCGCUGCUUACGCUCGAUCUCAUAUUCUUUUCUGCUGAAUGGAAAAGUUCUUGGAGAUGUGCUACCUACCCGAGUGUACUCUUCUGCCGAGCCAAUCAACAAUCAGCCAGGUCAAUUCAACAAGCGUUGGACAUCUACCAUCGUGCUAGUGGUCAAGCAGUCAAUCCGGAUAAAUGUGUCCGAUUUUUUUCUCCCAAUACAAGACACCAUAAUCAGGUCUACUUCCAACAACUUCUCAAUAUGCCUAUUCUAUCUUGGUCUUCCAUCCUUUUCUGGCCGAGAUAAGACAAAACUCUUUAGUGGCAUUACUGAUAAAAUUUGGAAAUUGUUAAGUAGUUGGAAAGAGCAACUAUUUUCUGUUGGGGGAAAGGAAGUUCUUUUAAAAGCUGUGGUACAAGCAAUCCCUACAUAUGCUAUGAGCUGCUUCCGUUUGCCUGUUGCACUGUGUCAUCAAAUUGAGAGUAUGAUGGCAAAUUUCUGGUGGGGAUCAACAUCAUCUGGUAAUGCCAUUCAUUGGAAAAAUUGGAAUUCUCUAUGUAAGGCUAAAGUUCAUGGUGGAUUAGGAUUCCGGAAUUUUAUAGAUUUUAAUCAAGCUCUUUUGGCGAAACAAGUCUGGCGUCUUUUAGAAUCACCAAGCUCUCUACUCAGUCGUAUAUUGCAUCACAGAUAUUUUUUGAAUGGAAAUGUUCUUACUGCUGGUGUGGGAACUUGUCCUUCUCUCACUUGGAGAAGCAUUGUAUGGGGCAAGGAACUUCUUGUCAAAGGUUUACGAUGGAGAGUUGGCUCUGGUACUUGCAUCACUUGCAAGACAGAUCCCUGGUUACCUGGACACACUGAUUUCACACCUUUCAGCUUUAUAGGCACUGAUAGCUCUCUUCAAGUUGCUGAUCUCAUAGACCAACAUCGACAAUGGGAUUUGACAGCAGUUUCAUGUAACUUUGGACAUGCAGACAUUGAUCGAAUUCUUUCAAUUCCUCUCAGCAUUUUUCCAUCAGAGGAUGCACUCAUUUGGCAUGGUACCACUUCGGGUAACUAUAUGGUUAAAUUUGGUUAUUACUUUGCUACUUCACUCGCUGAACAUCAAGAUGCAGGCAGUACCUAUGUUUAUGAGAACUGGUGGUCUAAAUUCUGGAAACUAAAGUUGUCCUCUAAGCUUCGCAUUUUUGUUUGGAAGGUUUUUCAUAAUGCAAUCCCAGUAGCUGCAGAAUUACACAGGAAACACAUUGCAAAUACUCCUUACUGCCCUUUGUGUAAACAGCAGCAGGAAACCAUACCUCAUGCACUCUUUCUGUGCACCAGGGCCAAGGAAGUAUGGCGUCUUUCAUCAAUAAAUCUGAAUUUCAAGUUAGCUACUACUUCUUUAGCUGAGGAGUUCUUAUUCUAUGCCUCGGACAACACAUCGACUUCAGAUUUUGAACAGUUCUUAACCAUUUGUUGGAGUAUCUGGUAUGAGAGGAAUGCUGAAUACCAUGAUAAAUCCCCUAAACAACCUGCUGCAGUCCUGGCAUUUGCAACAGACUAUCUUGGAAAAUAUCAAUCUGCUCAAGCUAAAUCAGUGUCCAAUAACUCUGCUGCUACUUCAAUUAAACCUCCAGCAUCUCGUUCACAAGCUGCAGCAUCAACAGAUCAGUGGAUGGCUCCUCUUGCUGGUAAAUUCAAAUUAAAUACUGAUGCGGCCUGCAACAAAGCUGGUAAGAUAAUUGGUAUAGGUGCAGUUUUGAGGGACUCAUCUGGUUUAGUUAAGGCAGCUUUCUCAAAGGCUAUUAAAGGAUGUUAUAAAGCUGAGGAGAUGGAGGCUACUGCUCUUGUUCAUGCUUUGCAAUGGCUUCUUAAUCUAGGACUAACAGCAGAUAUCAUUGAAACCGAUUCUUUGUUAGUAGUUCAAGGUUUAAAAGCUGCUUCUUCAUGUAGUUCUGCUUUUCAUGCUAUUUUAAAUGAUGUCAACUAUCUUGUAUCCUCUUUCCCACGAGCACAGAUCACCCAUGUUAAGCGAUCUGCUAAUACUUAUGCCGAUGUUUUGGCUAAGUUUGCUCUUACGGUGGAUACUGAUUGUACUUGGUUAGAAGAAUUUCUACCUCUACUUAUGACUGUUAUGUAA